GGAGAACACCGAUUUCUGGCCCAGUUAUCCUUCUCGUUUAGCCCUUUGCUCUUUGGUGAUAGCCUAGCAACUACAUCUUUUGAAAUAGGUUUAUUUGAAAGCGCAUGAAUGUCAUAUGACUCUUUUUUGUUGUCAAAAUCUACCGCAGAUUAUCUAAUCUAUGAAUUUCUAAACAACUUGGUUAUGAACAGGUUCUUAUGUUGCAAUGAGUAGCACAGCACAAACCGACCCUCUAUGAACAAACACCUACCCGACACCCGCCCAUAAACACGCUCCCACUGCUGUGUGGGUUACUGUAUUGGCUGUUUUAGAUUAUACAUCUCCGUUGAUUGGUACAGGGAGUGUCUUUCGAGCGGGCGAGUGCACGGUUGCCGACGAGGUUGACGCCUCUGUUGAUACUUUUGGAAGUCGGUGUAGAACAAGACGUUCUACUGCUUCAUCGAAUAUUACUUGUUCAGGCAGGAAACAAAGUUCCAGGAUGUCUCAGAAGAUUAAGGCAGGGUCGGUGGUGGAGAUGCAGGGGGAUGAGAUGACCAGAGUCAUCUGGGAGCUCAUUAAGGAGAAGCUCAUCUUCCCCUACCUGGAGAUGGACCUGCACAGCUACGACCUAGGCAUGGAGAACCGAGACGCCACGGACGACAAGGUUACCGUUGAGGCGGCGGAAGCGACGCGACGAUACAACGUGGGCAUUAAGUGUGCCACCAUCACGCCGGAUGAGAACCGGGUGGAGGAGUUCAAGUUGAAGCAAAUGUGGCGUUCGCCCAAUGGAACCAUCCGUAACAUCCUGGGAGGCACCGUGUUCAGGGAGGCCAUCAUCUGUAAGAACAUCCCUCGCCUUGUGCCCGGCUGGGUCAAACCCAUCAUCAUCGGCAGGCAUGCCCACGGAGACCAGUACAAGGCCACAGACUUUGUAGUACCAGGGCCUGGGAGAUUGGAGAUGAAAUUCACACCCAAGUCUGGGGAGCCAAUGAACUUUGUUGUCCACGACUUUGAAGGUUCAGGUGGUGUGGCUCUGGGGAUGUACAACACCGACAGCUCCAUCAGGGACUUUGCCCACAGCUCCUUCCAGAUGGGCCUGGUUAAAGGCUGGCCUCUGUACCUCAGCACCAAGAACACCAUCCUCAAGAAGUAUGAUGGACGCUUCAAAGAUAUCUUCCAGGAGAUCUACGAGAAGGAGUACCGCUCUAAGUUUGAGCAGAAGGGGAUCUGGUAUGAGCAUCGUCUGAUUGAUGACAUGGUGGCUCAGGCCAUGAAGUCUGAUGGAGGAUUCAUCUGGGCCUGCAAGAACUACGACGGAGACGUUCAGUCUGACUCUGUAGCACAAGGCUACGGGUCCCUGGGUAUGAUGACCAGCGUGCUCAUCUGUCCUGACGGUCGUACAGUAGAGUCAGAGGCUGCCCACGGUACAGUGACACGCCACUACAGACAGCACCAACAGGGCAAGGAGACCUCCACCAACCCCAUUGCGUCCAUCUUUGCGUGGUCGCGGGGGCUGCUGCACCGGGCGAAGCUGGAUGACAACGCAAAGCUGCGUGUGUUUGCUGAGGCCCUGGAGGUUGUCUGCAUUGAGACCAUCGAGGCUGGCUUCAUGACCAAGGAUCUGGCUAUCUGUGUCAAAGGAAUGGCAAAUACCAAACGCUCAGACUACCUGAACACCUUUGAAUUCUUGGAUAAGCUGGCGGAUAACUUGAAGAUCAAGAUGUCCAACCAACCCAAACUGUGAUCUCCUUAGCUCUCAAUUACACACACACACACUGUUGACACCCAGGACUAUGGGUCCCAAGCCAACACUAAACCACUGACGGAGGGACUGUUUGACACAGUACUGAAUCAAUCGUUCCCAUCUCCAGGAGUCUGUCUGCUAAUGGAGGUUCCUUGUCCAGGAGGAGGGGAUGUAGGCUGAGCUGAGGCCCCUCCAUCGAUCAUUCACCACUAUAGCAAAGCCAUAUCUUCUGGUAACACUCAUCCAGUCUAAGUGUCCUGAAUCUUAACUUGAGAUCCAUGAGCAUAACUCAUGUUUAUCAUGAUUUAAGAGUUAAAUGUGAUUAUCCAAGUUAGGAUUCUGCCAAGUAUGAUCUUAUGACUGUCAAUACAUCACAUACAGAUGGUUCCAGAAAUCAGACUGGACACAGUCAGUAAUAUAUUUUGCGAUAAUUGCACUUUUUAUUUUAUUUUUUAUGACGUGUGUGUUUUUAAGUGUUGUCAGUCAGUGAUCAGUAAUAGUGGAUUGUCCUGCCUGAGUUUGUUUGAGGGUCGUCUUACCCUUGUUGCCUUAUUUGUUUUAUGUCAAGUAAUUGAUCCGUGUCACACAUAAUAUAUUCCAUGUCGACUACUGUGGUAGACGAAAGCCUGCUUGAUUUUUGACUGUUCACGUGGUCUUUGAUUCACACAAAGGUGUUCUCAUCACUUACUCCUUAUGGAUGGUUGUGUAAGGGGUUGUUGUGGGCCUGCGUGUUAUCUUUGUGUGUAUAAUCCAUAGCUUAACACUUUACUCCUCAAAUACAGAAACCAGUGUCAAUGUACGUCUGCCAGUAUCGGGUUGUUGGUUGGUACUCGACGGUGUGUGUGGUUAGAAUAUUAACUCAAUAAAUAUUUUAUUUUAUUGUG